AAAGAAAGAAUUAAUUUUCACUUCCCUUUUUUUUUUCUCUCUUUUUUCCUUGUGUUAAAAGUAUCCCUUUUUUUCCCUCAGUGUGUGAAAUACACUAACAACUUACAACCACCCCCUCACACACCUGGUCCACUUGGUUAUAUAGAGAGUGCUCUAUUAUACACAAGCUAGCCACCAAAUCUCAAGUCCAGCUCAAGUCUACCACACCGCUUCCGGCUCCCGCUAGUGCUGUGCUCUUUGCUGUCUCCCUGCUGUAUCCCUUGCCGCUUACAAAAGUUAACAGGGUGUCCUUUUCGUCGGUCAUCCCUUUUUUGAGUGCUACGGUUACCCGCAACUGCUCGACUUUCUGACGCCUUGAUUGGUUGAGUUCAGAAAAUUUUUCCCGUCGUCCGCCCACCACAUUCUCGCACCAGCAGAAAAAAGGUCGACCACCAUGGCUUUAUGUUCCCAGGCCUUCACCUCUAACAACAAGCGUAGCUGCACGUUUAACAGCCCCUACCACCAGGCUCCUGCACCCAAGAGAAUAUGUUUGUCUGACAUUGCGUCCUACAAAUACCCCACUAAGAAGUCGGUAUGUAUAUACACAUCUUCGGAAGAGGACAACGACUCCGAAGACGAACAAUCCUGUUACAAUGCUGACCAGAUAAGGGCUAAAAGAAGAGCCUCCACCAGAGUCUCGUUCUCGUUGAAUUCCGAGUUGUCCAGAGCCAUCUCCCAGUACAGCGAUGAAGACGAGGAAUUGGUUGCUGAAGACGACAACGAAGUCAACGUCAACACUGUUUCCACCCCUGCAAAACACUAUAUUCCUGCCACCGACAAGUCGGCAAGAUCGCGUUGUUUUGAAUACUUGGUUGGUGCCAUUGACGAGGCAUGGGCUAGAUACUGUGAUGCUGCUACCAACGUGGAAGACGAAGUGUAUGGUUACAACACACCUGCCUCAGUCGCUACCGAUGACGAAGAGUACUUUGAUAACACCACCGAUAUCACUGAUUACGACGAAUCUGACUUUGAUGAUGGCAAGGGUCCAAAACACACCGUGCAAUCGUUCAGACCAAGAUUAUCGUCGUCGGCUUCUUGCUCGUCGCUCAACUCCACAAAAGAAGAUCCUUCCUCGUGUCAGCUCCAAGCUUUAAAGGAUCGUCUCACCAAAGCCAAGUACUACUUACAGGACUUGGUUGACUCCGACGUGAUGUCAGAUGUUAACUCAUUCUGGAAGCGUUGGGAUAUGAUUAAGUACGCCACCAUCGAGCUCGUCGAGGAUGAUGACGACGACGAGAUUGUCGAAACCACCAUCGACGAGUUGGAAAGCGGCCGCUUAUUCGCUCACUAA